CGAAACGAAUAGCGAUUCGUGAAGUUCAACAACGAUUUCUGGCUACAUAUAGUGUAAAGUGAAAAUGUUCUCUCAAAGGAAUCAGCAGCUCCAAAAGCUCGCAUGCUUUGCGGUGCUUUUUGCAGUUCUCACAUCGACCGUCGCAAACGCACAGGUCACAUUUUCUCGUGACUGGAACGCUGGCAAGCGUUCACUGGCCGAAGCAGGCCCUCCGACGGCUGACUGUGCUGCGAUCUGGCGAUCGAUCAACAGUCUCUGUGCUGCCGUAACGGUGAGAAGUAAAAAUAUUCAUCACUUAACCAUAUGCGAGGCCCGAUCGUUACUCAAAAACAUACAAGCCGACGAUGUAUCGAUGGAGAAUACCGGCGGAAAUAAUGUUCCACUAUUUUCAAGCAAUCGUGUGUAAUUGAACUAAAACUGCUGCUGAACUGAUUACCAAUGACUAGUCGAUGAACAUGAUGAUGCAAAAUUUUACUUCCGAAGAAACAAUAAAUUGAAAAAAAACAUAUUGAGCUCAAGUGUGUUUUUAAUGCAUAAACAGAUGAUCAACUACUUCUA